AUGGGUGACUAUGACGACAGCAUUUUUGACAGUGAGGACAACAGCAGCAGCGCCAAUGACCAUGGUGACUUCAUGAAGUUUAACAAGACCUUUGUGCCCUGUAUGUACUCACUGGUGUUUAUCUUGGGGCUGGUGGGGAAUUCUUUGGUACUGGCCGUCUACAUUUUCUACGGGAAGCUGAAGACCCUGACCGAUGUGUUUCUGGUGAACCUGCCAAUGGCUGACUUGCUGUUUCUCUGCACUCUGCCAUUCUGGGCGUACACCACGGUCCACGAGUGGAUCUUUGGCGAGUUCAUGUGCAAAGUUGUGAAGGGCCUGUACACCUUAAACCUCUACACCUCCAUGCUGCUCCUCACCUGCAUCACCAUUGAUCGGUUCAUCUCAGUAGCCCAGGCUACCAAGGCACAUGCCUACCAGUCCAAGAGAUUGACUUGGGGCAAGGCCACCUGCAUUUUCAUGUGGCUGAUCUCUCUGGCGGUUACCGCCCCUCAGUUCAUUUACAGCACCGUCUCCAAUCAAGAUAAGAAGGUGUGUCAAGAAUUCGAUAGCUCAGACUCCAGGCAUGUUUUUCUGGUGGCUCUUGCCACCCAAAUGACAAUCGGCUUUUUCCUGCCUCUGCUAGCCAUGAUCGUCUGUUACUCGGUCAUCAUUAAGACACUGAUUCAUGCCAAAGGAUUCCAGAAGCACAAGUCCCUGAAGAUUAUUUUCCUGGUGGUGGCUGUGUUCGUUAUGACCCAGCUGCCCUACAAUCUUGUGAAACUCAUUGCCAGAACUCACUGGGAGUAUUAUACUUAUCCCAGCUUCCAAUAUGCCCUGGUGGUGACAGAGGCCAUAGCCUACCUGCGUGCCUGCCUCAAUCCUGUGUUAUACGCCUUUGUUGGGCUGAAGUUCAGAAACAACUUCUGGAAACUGCUGAGGGAUCUCAGGUGCCCCCGCCAACUACAGAUCAUGAGCAGCUGGAAGACGACUGACGAGGACGCCUCUAAAACAUUUACCGCUUCCAAUUUAGCUGAGGUCACCACCACAUACCAGCUAUAAGACCUGCCUGCUUGCCUGCUGGGUUUUUGACUCAUGCUCAGAGCAGCCCUUCGAAAUUUACGGGAGGCUGCUGUUCAUGGUAACUAGAGGUUUUUUCUAAAUCGGAACCUAUUGCUUAGCCCUAAGCUUAUGGCAGGUUUAUAACCAGAGAACAUUUUCUCCCAAAUGAGAUUGGAUGUCUGGAAAAAGUGAAAGUACGAGCCAAGGGGACACAGUAAAUUUCAGGGCUGAGAGAGAUGUAGAAAAGACCAAAUGAUGAAAGAGUAAUAAUAAUAAUUAUAAUAAUGGCAUUUGGUAAGCGCUUACUAUGUGCCGAGCAC